AAAGCAUCAGCCUCUCCAAUCAGACGCGAGCCACCCACCGCGCGACCUCAGGGUGCCUGUGCCUGCUCCCGCUGUUCCUUCCUCAUGGCCACCGCCUGCCACCUCGCCGCGCCGCUCGGCCUCGCCCCGUUGCCCCGCGGCUGCGCCUCUGCUGGCGUCGUGGCCGUCGUCCGGUGCGCUCGGUCGUCAGGCUCCAAGAUCCCGAGAGGCGUUGCUGUCAGGGCGACGUCCGGCGGCGAGGGCGCCACGGAGGAGGUGCCGGAGAUUGUGAAGGCUGCGCAGGACGCGUGGGACAAAGUUGAGGACAAGUACGCCGUGGCCACCAUCGGUGUCGCUGCCAUCGUCGCGCUCUGGACGGUAGUAGGUGCCAUCAAGGCCAUCGACAAGCUUCCUCUUCUGCCUGGUGUCCUUGAGAUUGUUGGAAUUGGGUAUACAGGGUGGUUCACAUACCGUAACCUCGUCUUCCAGCCAGACAGGGAGGCUCUGAUCGGCAAAAUCAAGAGCACUUACAAAGAAAUCACCGGGAGCAGCAACUGAUCGAACAUCAUUUACAAGAUGGGUUCUUAAGCAUAUGGUAGAAUUGCAUCCGUAAGCACUGAAGCUGCCAUGCAAGUGAAAGUGCUUCUGGUCCCGACCUCAGUCAGAGAAAAAAAACUCUGCAGUUGAGCAAGCCGUUUUACUUUGUUUCAGUGUAAUAUUUAUGACGUAUUCCCAGUUCUUUUUCCGGACUACUGUUUACUACGAAAAUCCCGAUCUGUGUAAAAAUGUGCUGCAACAAAUUCAAAAGAAAACACAAAUAGUACAACCUCAUGAUGUUCGUA